AUGAGCCGUUACGUCAACGUUCCUGGGAAGACAUGGGUCCUCGACACAGACACGGUAUACGUCCCCAUGUGUUGGAAGGUUCAGCACUGGGUUGGUCUAGCUAUCAACAUCAGCCUCAGCCACAUCGAGAUACUAGACCCCUACCCUCCACUAAAAUAUGAUAGACAGGUGGAGAAGCCUAUUUGCGACAUGUUUCCUUACGUGGUCAAAAAUCUAUGCCCUCAAGCGUCACAACAACAAGGUGCCUCCCCUUACACAUGGAAUCGGGUGAAAGACAUAUAUCUAAACCAGCGCUCAGGCGACUGUGGCCCUGUCUCCAUCAAGUUCAUGGAAAUACACUCAGCAGGAGACCCCGAUCCUCACAUGUUCGGACUAACAGAUAACCAUGUCGAUGCUUUUCGUAAGCAAUACGCACUGGACCUAUACCGCGGCCUAGUCAUGCCAUUGUACUUCCCAGCCCGUUCUCUUUGA